GAAAUGCAGGUUCCACUUCUGAACUUAGACACUCUGGAGGAGCUUGGUGCCGAUGACGUCAAGAGGUUUCGGUGGAGCCUCACUGAGCCAGUGCUUGACGGAUGUCAGCCCAUUUGUAAGGGCCAUCUAGAGAACGCAGACCGGCAGGACAUUGUUAGUAAGAUGAUGGACAGCUAUGGUGAAGAAUCGGCUGUGAACAUGACAACAAUCCUGAAGAGGAUCAAUCACAACAAAGCUGCUGAGAAAUUACAGAAAACAUAUGCAGGUGGGGGUCGAUCAACAGCUGCACAAAACCCCCUUCCUACACCUUCCUUCUCCUCCUCCUCUUCUGGUUUGACUCCUGCUGCUGGUGCCACAGUUUGUACCCAGGGUAAAAGUGUUAUCGUCGCACCCAACAUCCAAGGCUCCUCUGUUGUAUCAAUUAAUAGGAAUAUAAAUACACAGUAA